CAAUUUAUAUAGAUGGUUCUGAAAGUGUCCUGAAUCUUCUAGAGGUUCCAUAAAAUUGCACAUGGCCUUGGAGUGUGCACAGAUGAAGCUGUCACUGCUAAGGCAUCAGUUAGGCUGGUGACAUCUGCGAGUGAGACCUGGAAGGUUGGGGGUGCAGGGGGUAGGUCAGGAGGCGGUAAGGUGGCUGGAGAGUCCAUGUGGAGCCAGAAUGAAUACCCAGAUCUCCCACUCCAGUCAACUGGGGCAGUUCCUGGGACCAGUAGCCUUCAGCCAGAAAGUGAAAGGGCAUGAGGCCUUGGAAAAGAGCAGAUGCCAGGCAAAGUGAUCUCCUGUCUCUCUGAGGUUUUGUUUUCGUUUCAAUUCAAAGUACUCAGAGGUAGCCAGACUGCAAUGUCUGAGGGCACCUUACCUUUGACACCACCUGCAAAUUAAUGGGGAUUCCUAAAAUCAUCUUUAGAUUUUAUAAUUCACUAGAAGGAUUCAUAUAACUCACUAAAAACUGCUAUUUCACGAUUGUGGCUUAUCACAGGGAAAGAACACAGAUUAAAGUCAGCCUAAGGAAGAGACACACAGGGGAGAUUCUGGGAGCGUUUCAGGUGUGAAGCUUCAUUGUCCUCAGGAUGCUGUGAUCUCCUGUGUCAAUGUGGGACAAGACACAUGGGAUGUUGCCAACAAGGGAAGUUCACCCAGUUAAGGAAACAUUCCUGUGAAUCACAUGAAAUCAGGAAGGAAGCCUUUAUUCAGGAUGGUUGUUACAGGGGAGGGAGACUGAGCCCAGCUCCAAAUACAGUAAAGAGGGGGAGUCACAGCCAACACCAGGGUGAGGGGCAGGAGAUGAAACAGUUCAGACAGGAGACACCAGAGUAGGGGGUUCCUGCUAAACUGGCCUAACAGGAUUCUUGCUAAAGGCAGGUCAGACCCUCACCCAUCAAUUUUGGGGGUGAGGAGCAUGAUCAGAUAGCAAAGAGUGCUCAGAGAGCAAGCGGGGAGGACCCUCCCUAAACUGAUUUGGAGCGAUUCUUGCUGAGCCGGGGCGGUGCAAGUCCAGAAAGCAGUGGGUGGGUGUGGAAGGCCAAGGUCGGCGCCCAGUGGAGAAGCAGCUCUGAAGAGCCCCGCUGGAGUUGGUCAAGGAGAAAGUCUUUCUCAACCCAUGUCUUAGUGUCCAGAAUAUUUGCUGGGGUUGGAUCACAAGCUGCCCUCAUGGCUGACCUGGAGUCUCCAGCCCCUCCCUGAGGUCUCACACCUUUAGUCCCCAGGUCCUCUGGAAGUUAGGAAAGACACCAAAUAGCCCCAAACCCCAUCAUCCAUCACAUUGCUAUACUGUCCCGUGGCCAAACCACCAGGCAAAGAAGGAUGUUCCUCCCAGGUAGGACACUCCAGGAGCCUGGAGAUCACUUCCCAGGAGCUGAGGACAAAGGGAAGGCCUCUCUUGGGGAAAAGUUCAUGCUUCACUUUGCUGCCAUCCUGGGAAUAAGGUCUCUUUGUCCCACUCUCACUGUUCUUUGUUCAUCUGCAGAGUUUUCCUCUCUCCAAACACUUUGGCAGUCACGGUGUUGACCUGCCCUUGAGUGAGGAGGCAUCUUUAUCAAACACCUACCACGAAAGAGCAUCUGAGAUGCCUUUAAGAUAUUUAUUUCCGUAUGGAAUAAGUACUGAGGAGUAUCUAUGAUGAACAAAGUAUGUUUGAGUUUGGAAGAAAAUUCUUUCCAUUUGUAAAAUUUGUUUCUAUUUGAUUGAUACUGAAAGCUCUGCACUUUACACAGGAUAAAGAUCGCAUGGAGCUCAUUUCACAGACAGGGAAACUGCAUUUCUUAAUCCUUUAACCUUUCUUUGUGCAGGGAUGAGGCAGAUACGCUCCGUAAAGCUCUGAACAAGCUUGUGAGUCACAUGGUCAUGAAGGACAAAAACCACCAUGAUAAAGACCAGCAGCACAGGGAGUGGUUUUUGAAAGAGUUUCCUCGCUUGAAAAAGGAGCUUGAGGAUCACAUAAGGAUGCUCCGUUCCCUCGCAGACCAGGUUCAGCGGGUCCACAGAGACACCACCAUUACCAAUGUGGUGGCCAACUCUUUUAGCACUAUGUCUAGUGUCCUGAGCCUCCUUGGCCUGGGCCUGGCACCCAUCUCUGAAGGACUCAGUCUUUUGCUCGUGGGCACUGGAGCGGGUCUAGGAGCAGCAUCUGCUGUGACUGGGAUUACCAGCAGUGUUGUGGAACUAGUAAAUCAAUUGCAGGCACGAAACCAAGCUCACAGCUUGGACCAAAGCAGCACCGAUGCAGUGAAGGUGGUGAAGGAGUUUGUGGGUGGGAACACAAUCAACUUUCUUACCUUAGUUGACAGUUAUUCCACCUUCACACAACGCAUUGGGAGGGACAUCCGUGCCAUCAGACAAGCCAGAGGCAACCCUCAGUUAGGAGCAUAUGUACCACCCCCCCAGGUCAUUGGGCGAAUCUCACUUGAAGGUGGUGAACAGGUUGAGAGGGUUGCUGAAGGUGGUGAACAGGUUGAGAGGGUUGCUGAAGGCACCGCCCUGGCAAUGAGCAAAGGAGCCAUGAUCGUGGGUGCAGCCACUGGAGCCAUCUUGCUUCUGCUGGAUGUGGUCAACACUUUGUACGAGACAAAGCACUUGCUUAACGGGGCAAAGUCAGAGUUAGCUGAGGCGCUGAAGAAGCAAGCUCGGGACCUGGAGGGGAAGCUCAACAUUCUCAUCAAGAUCCACGAGAUGUUGCAGUAGGGCCAAGACCAGUGACCCCAGAGCAGGGCAGCCACCAGGGAAAGUGUGCCUGGCUCAGGCCAGGACAAAAUGCAGACAUUUUAUUAGGGGGAUAAGGAGGGCAAGGUAUAGUUUAUGGAAGUGAGUGUUAGUGACUUUGGCAUUUCUGUAGCUGAGCACAGCAGGGGAGGGGUUAAUGCAGAUGGUAAGUGCACCAAGGAGAAGGCAGGAACACUGGAGCCAGGAAUAAGGAAGGAAAGGGGACUGGAGAGUGUGGGGAAUGGGAAGAAGCAGUUUACUUUAGACUGAAGAAUAUAUUGGGGAGGAAUAGAGGUGACGCAUGCAGAAACCAGCAAUGAGAAAGCCAGGAAAA